AUGAUUUUGAUUCGGACUAUUAACAAGAAUGUGGCAUCAAAAGGAAUGAUGAAGGUCCUAAGGAUUUACAUCAGCUACAUGAAGUUGUUCCAGGAUGGGACUUAUGAGUUCAGUGGAAUCAAUUCCAUCAUUGGACAACUGAGAAUCACAGAGAAGUGGGAAGGAGCAGUGGCAUGGCCUGAUCACCAGUUCGAAGGAUAUAACGUGUACGAUGAGGCGCACAUACGACUGGUAAAAGUAGACACCAGGCCACGUGGACGUGGGCGAGAGGAAGACGCCACGGGAAUGGUGUCGGAUCAGUCAGGGUUCGGUGAAAGAAACCUCACCAGAUUUCACCUCAGCGUCCUCCUAUUCGACAUCUUCAUUGCCCUCACGAUUGGGUUCCACAAGGAGUUGGAAGACUAUAUAAAAUCUGUAAUCUGGAGACCAAAGGAAAAGAAAAAAGAAGAAACAAAAGGAGAACCACAUCACAUGGGCAAAGAUGAGAAACUUUCCACUCAAAUUCAUGGAGAAGAACCAUUCCACCCAAUGCAGCCAUGGGCUGGCUUGAAGCUUCCAGUGGAAGUGGAUAAUGCCCUCCAGGAGGUGAGACCAUUCAUCUACAAAUUACUGUCACUGGUCCUGUCCCAAUACAUUUACAAUUGGUAUUCAGACUUGUCAGAUGACAAGGCAUUUGUCCAUGAACUUCAAGUGGGUUUUCGUCAUGUCCUUGCCAACCUCUAUCGAAGAGCAAGAAAGGUGGAUGUGUGCAAGUUGAUCCUGGAGAAAUUGAUUCCAACAGGGAUGAUGCAUCUAGACUGUUAUUUGCAUGGAAGGAGCUGCAGUGAGCAGGAGAGAAACGUGGAGCAGGCUACACUUGAUUAUUAUGGAUCUCAUCUUCAUGUUGCCCUCAAGCAUGGGAAUGAAAGGAAAGCUCUGAAGCCCCUGUGUUGCGAGAUAUUGAGCGAAACCAUCCUCUUCCCAUCAUUGAAUGCACUUGCAGAUCCAGAUGUUGUCAAUUCCCUGCUGGUCCUCCUGUUUUCCCCAUCAGUACCUGAUCCUCCAGAAUCGAUGAAUCAGCCAUGGGUGAAUUUCUUGGAGAACUUUGUAUCAAAAUAUGCAGAUGCCAUCCCACCUCCACUGACACUGAAAGAUGUGAGGAAUAAUCCAACUUUCCUCCAAUACUUCUGGGAUUUUCUCAAGGAUGAGAAGGCCAAUAAUCUGAUGCAGUUUCUCCUUGAUGUUGAGGAGUUGAAUCAGAGGUUGCUGAACCCAGACCUAGAUGCCAAGGGUCAGCAACAACUCCAUGUGGAAGCUAAGAGUCUAUUCCACACAUAUUUUGUACCUGGUGGAGAUGAUUACAUCUGCUUUGCCUCUGAAGUCCAAAAGGAGAUCCAGUCCAUUGUGGAGGGUCCAACUGAAGGGGUGGAGGCAUUGAGAAGAGGAAACAGCCUGUUCAAAGCUUAUGAACAUGUAUACAAUCUCCUAGAAGGUGUCUACUGCCCCCUGUUUCAGCACAGCAAUGUUUCUUUCAGUUUGAAAUGGGGACCUCGACUAUGUGAUCCAGCUGCCAAGAAUAUCUCCAAGAGUGCAUCCCGAAAAGGAGUUCGUGUUGGACGACGCAUUGAUCGUCUGAAGGGUGUGGUCCUUCCUCAGCCGAGUGAAGGUCAGGCCUUUGAUCUUUAUUCAGAGGUGGAUUUUUCCGAAGAAGUUAUCAUUGUGAGUUCCAGCGACAAGCCUUUUCUUGCUGCACUGCCUUUGGAUGAUGACAUCUCACUGGAAGAUGAGUUACCUGAUUCCAUCACCACACGGGAUCUCAGUGCCUGGCGGGUUUCUGUUCCCUCCGUUGAUGAGAGACUGGAUUUCAGUCACAAGAGUUUCUUUGUGUACAUCAUUGAUGUACGGAGGAUUGACAUCAAGGAUGGAGAGUCAGAGGAGGAGAUGCGUUGGCAGGUGGAGAGACGAUAUGAGGAAUUCUAUGUCCUUGAGGCCAAGCUCACUGAAUUCCAUGGAGAAUUCUCUGAUCUAAGACUUCCACCUAAAUCCACCCUCUUUGGGAGCAGGGGUUUGGAAUUGAUGAAGAGUCGACGUGCUGUGCUAGAGGAAUACCUGCAGAAGCUGCUGCAAAAACCAAAUCUACGAGGGAGUGAAUUGAUCUUCUCUUUCCUCACAUCGCAGUAUCCCUUCACUAGUAGCUUCCUGCCAGAUCUAAACCUGGGUCGGAUGUUUCGUAGUGUCCCCAUUCGACUGAGGAAGGAACGAGGACAAAAUCUAGAACCCUUCUUGGCCUCCUUCAUUGCUUCAACUGAGCCCCCGAAACCCAAACCAAGCAAGUUGGACAUGGGGGAAAUGAUAUAUGAGGAAUCAGGGGAGACACGUGGAGAACUGAGAGCAAAGGGUUCUGUAGGAAGAACCAGUGAGGAAAGCAGGUCUCUCUAUCCCAUGUCUCUGAAUGGCAUCUAUGACAUCAUAGUUUUCCUUGGUGUACGGGUUUUUGCCUUCUCAAGUUGGCUGCUUCAGAUCCUCCUCUUUCUCCGAUCUUUUGUGCAUGAAGCUUUUAAUGCCUGGGCUGAAAGGCUUUUAAGAAAGAAAUUGGAAGAGUCUCUUACUCCACACAAGAUUUCCCUGGUCAUCCAUUUUAUCAGAGACACUGUGUUUUUUGAGGGUUCUCAGUCCCGUACGGACAUAGAGAAACUUGCAAGGUCAGGUGAUGCCUUGAGAGGAAUGAGAGAAAUAUUCCCUCCCUGGCUGAAAAAACAAAUUGGCAUUGAUCACCUUGACAGUGGUACAAAGCUCAUCUUCAGUGUCCUUCAGCAUCCCCGGCUCAACAAACAAUUGGAACUCCAUGUCCAAACCGACGCUGGAAACGUGCAUGGAUCUCCUAAGGAGUUAUCCCGAGUGAGGAGAGUUAUCCAGGCAAAGAGGGACUCCAAGAGCUUGCGAUUGCUGACAAAGCCAUGCAAUUCCAUGUCACUGGAGCUUGUUCCUGAGAUGUCCAGAUGGCGAAGGUUGGGGAACCCAAAUCGACACGACAAGGCAACGCAAUAUGUACAAAUCAUAACGUUUGACAACUGGAGGGAAAAAUAUGCCUGGAGGCGGAGGAUAAAAGCCUGGCAGAAUGCUCCGGCAAGAGAAAAAAAAUUGUUGACAGAUAUCACUGACCCCACCACCAUCCUCAAUCCAUCAUACGGAUUGCUGGCGCGGAAGUAUUUCGACGAUCACGAGGGCCACAAGUGCGGUUAUUGUGGCUCAAAAGAUGCAAAUUUCAGCAAAGGAAUGUGGGCACAUGACUUGACAGUGCAAGACUAUCAGAGACUCAUCGACAGAGGUUGGAGAAGGAGUGGAAAAUAUUGUUACAAGCCAACAAUGAAUCAAACUUGCUGCCCUCAAUACACAAUUAGAUGCCCAGCAGAGAGUCUGCAGCUAUCCAAGUCUCAGAAGAAGGUGAUGAAGCGUAUGACAAAGUAUCUGGCCACCGGGAGCACCAAAGAUGAUGAGCAUAAUCAGCAAGGAGAAUCAUCUUUCGAUGAUGACCGGAAAAUGGCUGGGGAAGAAGUGCAGCAGGAGGAACAUCCCAUUGAUGGAGAUGGUAGUCUGGAGUUACUGGAUGCCAAAGCUAUUGAGAUGGAAGAAAAAUCCAUAGAGAAGCCCAAAUUUAAGACUAUCGGUUCAUUGGGAGAGUCUCGCCUACGCUCUAAUGAUGACACAGGUGUUGGACCAGAUCCUUCAAAACCCCCAUGCAAGAAGGCAAGGCUGAGGAGACUUGAAAGGCGGAAGAAGGAUAUCAAGUCCAUUCUCCCCAGAUCGACUAAGAAUGAACAUAAGACACUGGAGGAUUUUAUCAAGGAAACUUUGCCUGCACAUCCAGUACAUCACUUGAAGGUGAAGUUGGUGAAGGUUGGCAGUAGAGAAUUCAAGGAAUCAUUUGACCAGGAAUAUGCCGUAUAUCGAAGAUACCAGAUAGGGAUUCAUCGUGAUCCCACAUCACGUUGCACACCGAAGCAGUUCACUCGCUUCCUUGUUGACUCUCCUUUGCAGCUGGAAGAAGGUCCUUUGGAAGGCUAUGGAUCAUAUCACAUGCAGUAUUGGCUUGAUGGGAGCAUUAUUGCUGUUGGAGUACUAGAUGUCCUCCCAUUAUGCCUCUCCUCUGUAUACCUCUUUUAUGAUCCCAGAUUUUCCUUCCUCUCAUUAGGUACUUAUUCAUCCCUCAGAGCGGAUGGCUCUAAUGAUGACACAGGUGUUGGACCAGAUCCUUCAAAACCCCCAUGCAAGAAGGCAAGGCUGAGGAGACUUGAAAGGCGGAAGAAGGAUAUCAAGUCCAUUCUCCCCAGAUCGACUAAGAAUGAACAUAAGACACUGGAGGAUUUUAUCAAGGAAACUUUGCCUGCACAUCCAGUACAUCACUUGAAGGUGAAGUUGGUGAAGGUUGGCAGUAGAGAAUUCAAGGAAUCAUUUGACCAGGAAUAUGCCGUAUAUCGAAGAUACCAGAUAGGGAUUCAUCGUGAUCCCACAUCACGUUGCACACCGAAGCAGUUCACUCGCUUCCUUGUUGACUCUCCUUUGCAGCUGGAAGAAGGUCCUUUGGAAGGCUAUGGAUCAUAUCACAUGCAGUAUUGGCUUGAUGGGAGCAUUAUUGCUGUUGGAGUACUAGAUGUCCUCCCAUUAUGCCUCUCCUCUGUAUACCUCUUUUAUGAUCCCAGAUUUUCCUUCCUCUCAUUAGGUACUUAUUCAUCCCUCAGAGAGUUGGCCCUGGUCAGAGAAUUGUGCCAGUCAUUUCCUCGACUCCAGUUCUACUACAUGGGUUACUACAUCCACUCAUGCCCCAAGAUGCGUUACAAGGGCCAGUAUUCACCCUCCUACCUCCUCUGCCCUGAGACAUACACUUGGCACCCAAUGGAACGAUGUCGUUCACUCCUGAAUGCCAAUCGAUACUCCCGAUUCCAUCCAGAUGAGAGUGUGGAAGACCCUGAUGGUCGAGUGGAACUCAAUCAAGUGUUGGUUCUAUGGAAGUCAAAGGUGAUGCCCUACCCACUGUACAAGUCCAUGAGUCACAUGGAGGAUGAAGGGUUUGUGAGGGAAUAUGCAGAUUUAGUGGGGAGCAAGUGUGCUGCAUCCAUCCUCCUAUAUCAAAUAAAACUUUAA